GUAAGCACACCAAGCGGAUUACUUGUGGCUGUUGGAGUACUGAAAACCUUCUGGCUCUAGGUGGUGAAGACAAAAUGAUUACUAUAAGCAAUCAGGAAGGAGAUACAAUAAGACAGACCUCAGUGAGCUCAGAUCCCAGUGAUAUGCAGUUCUCAGUUAUGAAGACUGAUGAAAGAAUAUCAACCACAGAAAGCACAGUUAGUGUAGUGGUCGGCAAGAAGACUCUCUUUCUUUUUAACUUGAAUGAUCCUGAUAACCCCAUUGAUCUGAAAUUUCAGCAGCCUUAUGGCAGUAUUGUAACCUACAAAUGGUAUGGUGAUGGCUACAUAAUGAUUGGCUUCUCACGAGGGUAUUUUGUAGUCAUUUCUACACACAUUCGUGAGAUAGGUCAAGAAAUCUUUCAAGCUCAUAACCACAAGGACAAUCUAAGCAGCAUUGCUAUAUCCCAGUCAUUAAACAAAGCUGCAUCAUGUGGAGACAAUUGCAUUAAAAUCCAUGAUCUGUCAGACCUGAGACAAAUGUAUGCCAUAAUAAACUUGGAUGAUGAAAACAAAGGUGUAGAUCAGCUGGCUUGGACAGAUGAUGGACAGUUGUUGGCACUAUCUACACAAAGAGGAUCCCUCCACAUUUUCUUGACAAAGCUUCCAAUCCUUGGAGAUGCUUGUGGCACACGGAUUGCAUACCUCACUUCUCUCCUUGAAGUCACUAUAGCCAACCAUGUGGAGCAAGAGGAACCAGUCACAGUCUCUGUUGAAGUAGAGCCCAGUUUUGUUGCUAUUGGUGUUUAUCAUUUGGCUGUAGGAAUGAACAAUCGAGCUUGGUUUUAUGGACUUGGAGUGAACAAUGUAAAAAAGCUUAAAGAUGUGGAGUACCUGGGGACAGUAGCGAGUAUGCGCCUUAAUUCUGAUUAUGCUGCUGCUUUCUUUGAGGGUAAAGUCCAGUUGCAUAUGAUAGAAAGUGAAGGUUUGGAUUCUCAGGAAGAACGAGAAACUCGUCUCUUCCCAGCAGAUGAUGAUAAAUACAGAAUUUUGUGUCAUGCUUUAACUAAUGACUUCCUCAUAUAUGGUACAGAUACUGGAGUUAUUCAUUAUUUCUACAUAGAAGACUGGCAGUAUGUGAAUGAGUAUCGGCAUUCUGUCAGUGUAAGGAAAAUUUUUCCAGAUCCCAGUGGAACCAGAUUGGCUUUCAUAGAUGACAAAAGUGAUGGCUUUGUCUACUGCCCAGCAAAUGAUAGAUUAUACGAGAUUCCAAACUUCUCACCAACUAUUAAAGGAAUCCUGUGGGAAAACUGGCCAAUGGAUAAAGGGGUUUUUGUUGCUUUUGAUGAUGAUAAAGUGUACACUUAUGUUUUUCAUAAGGAUGCCAUUCAAGGAUCAAAGAUUAUUUUGGCAGGUGGCACAGAAGUCCCCUUUUCCCAUAAACCUUUGCUGUUGUAUAAUGGAGAAUUAACUUGUCAGACUCAGAGUGGAAAAACAAACAGUAUCUGUCUCAGCACUCACAGUUUCCUUGGCAAUCUAAAAGACUUUGGACCUAAAGAGCUGACACGAAUGCUUACUCAGACUUUAAUGUUGAAAAGAUUUUCUGAAGCAUGGGAGGUGUGCAGGCUUCUGAAUGACAAGUCUGGUUGGAAUGAGCUGGCCAAAGCUUGCUUGCAUCACAUGGAGGUGGACUUUGCAAUACGAGUUUAUCGGACUUCUGGUAAUGCUGGGAUGGUGAUGUCACUGGAGCAAAUAAAGGGGAUAGAAGACCGCAACCUUUUAGCAGGACAUCUCGCCAUGUUCACUAAUGAUUUUAAUCUGGCUCAGGACUUAUAUCUAGCAUCCUCCUGUCCUAUUGCUGCACUUGAGAUGAGAAAAGACUUGCAGCACUGGGACAGUGCACUUCAGCUGGCUAAACGUUUGGCCCCAGACCAAAUCCCUUUCAUAUCAAAGGAAUAUGCAGCACAGCUGGAAUUCACGGGUGAUUAUGUUAAUGCCCUGGCACAUUAUGAGAAGGGAAUCACUGGAAACAAUAAGGAACAUGAUGAAGCUUGCCUUGCCGGGGUGGCUCAGAUGUCCAUUCGGAUGGGAGACAUCCGGCGAGGGGUGAACCAGGCCAUUAAACAUCCCAGCAGGUUACUCAAAAGAGACUGUGGAGCUAUUCUGGAGAGUAUGAAGCAAUUUUCAGAAGCUGCUCAGCUGUAUGAAAAGGGCCAGUAUUAUGACAAGGCAGCAUCAGUGUACAUCAGAUGUAAAAAUUGGGCAAAAGUUGGUGAACUUCUUCCUCAUGUUUCAUCUCCAAAGAUUCACCUACAAUAUGCAAAGGCCAAAGAAGCAGAUGGCAGGUACAAGGAAGCUGUGAUAGCUUAUGAGCAUGCAAAGCAGUGGGACAGUGUAAUUCGACUAUAUUUGGAUCACCUUAAUAAUCCUGAAAAGGCUGUUACCAUUGUGAGAGAAACACAAUCUCUUGAGGGAGCAAAGAUGGUGGCCAGAUUCUUUCUGCAGCUUGGGGACUAUGGUUCUGCCAUCCAGUUCCUGGUCAUGUCCAAAUGCAAUAACGAAGCCUUCACGUUAGCUCAACAGCACAACAAGAUGGAGAUCUAUGCUGAUAUCAUCAGUUCUGAAAGUACCACAAAUGAAGAUUAUCAGAGCAUUGCACUGUAUUUUGAAGGAGAAAAGAAACAUUUUCAGGCUGGAAAAUUUUUCUUGCUGUGUGGUCAGUAUGGACGGGCAUUGAAGCACUUCAUGGAAAGUCCAAGCACAGAAGAUAACUUGGCUAUAGAAAUGGCAAUUGAAACAGUGGGACAGGCAAAAGAUGAAGCCCUAACAAAUCAGCUGAUAGACUACCUUAUGGGAGAGACUGAUGGCAUGCCCAAGGAUGCCAAGUACCUCUUCCGCUUGUACAUGGCACUAAAGCAAUACAGGGAAGCUGCCAGGACUGCCAUCAUCAUUGCCAGGGAGGAGCAGUGCUCAGGGAACUACCGCAAUGCGCAUGAUGUUCUGUUCAGUAUGUACGCAGAGUUAAAGACCCAGAAGAUUAAGAUUCCUUCUGAGAUGGCUACAAACCUUAUGAUUCUACACAGCUACAUUUUAGUGAAGACUCAUGUGAGACGUGGCGAUCACAUGAAGGGAGCACGUCUACUAAUCCGUGUGGCCAACAACAUCAGCAAGUUCCCAUCACACAUUGUGCCCAUUUUAACCUCAACUGUAAUCGAGUGUCACCGAGCAGGACUGAAGAACUCAGCCUUCAAUUUUGCUGCUAUGCUGAUGAGACCGGAAUAUCGUAAUAAAAUAGAUGUGAAAUACAAGAAGAAAAUUGAAGCCAUGGUCAGACACCCAGACACGACGGAGGCAGAGGAGCCCACAACAGCCUGUCCCUAUUGUGAAUUCUGGCUCCCAGAGUGUGAACUUCUGUGUCCUGGCUGCAAAAACAAUCUCCCCUACUGUAUUGCAACGGGUCAGCACAUGGUGCGAGGGGACUGGACUGUCUGCCCCCACUGUGACUUUCCUGCCCUCUACUCAGAAUUCAAAACCAUGUUACAGACUGACAACGUGUGUCCUAUGUGCUCUGAGAAGAUUGAUAUUGUUCAGCUUAAGAAAGUGCACGACUGCACACAGUACCUCAAGCCAGAAGAUGGGGACUAAUUACUUCAGAGCUCACGUGUUGUCUGGCAAGCAUCAAGGAGAAGCUGCAUUCUGCAUCUCUUCCCCACUAGGAUUUAAUAACCAUCAUCACAUCACUUCUGGUUUGUAACAACCUUGUA